GCGCGCCAACACAGCAUAGCACAGCCAGCACAGCCAGCACAGCCAGCAUCAAGCUGUCAAGGUCGUCGUCUCUCUGGCGUUUGUUGUUGCAGGCGAAGUUCCAGCCGUCAGCCGUGUCUGCUAGGGCAUAUACCUGCCCAGCCAAGAGCCAAACCUGUCCGGAAGGCUCCUAACUUUACGGCCAGGCAGGUCCAGUCAGCAUGCGCGUGCGACUCCAGGGGGGUCGGGGCCUUGCAGCCCGUUGUUUCCGAGGAAACUUAGUGCCGUCGGCCCCCUUGUUCCCGCGCGGGAUGCGCGGAACUCGGGCAAGCUUUCUCGCUCGUUACGCCACGCCACUGCUACUCAUGCGGCAUUGUCGCUCGAUCUCAAGCGCGUGCUUCCCGCGGGGUCCAGGGAAGCGCGCUCGCCGCGAUGGCGCCUGGCCGCCGCGGCCUGGGUCGAGCAGAUUUGUCGGGAUUCGCUGCAGUCGCCCUGGCGGACCAUCUUCCACACCAUAACGCCGCCUCGUACUAUAAAACCCGUAUUUGCUCUCGAGCUUCUCAUCUUGUGAAACCAUCCGGCGGACCUACGACUCGUGCACUUUCCCCUCACAUUCCCUCCCUACCACCAUUUGGUUAGACCAUCUCUGUCUUCAGCAACUUUGACCAUCUCUCUCUACUAGAGCGAGCCUCGUACAUCGUUACCAUCUAUCCCCGGCGGCAUUAUGGCUUCGUCGAAGCUUCUCGCUCUCGCGCUUCUGCUGCUCGUCGUCGUCAGCCUGACGACCUUCGCCGUCGCCGACGACGACGACGACGACCGUCGUCCGGAGCGCGAGCGCAAGCGGGACGGCACGGGCAACCAGGAUCGCGACCGCGACCCGCGACCGCGACGGCUCUUGCGGUGGCAAGUCUGGCGGGUGCACCGGCAGCGGCGCCGGCGGCCGGCAGAAAGCUGGCGCCA